AGUCAACUACACUCGAAGUCCGGAAGCGCUCAUCCUUAGCUGUAUAUAUAUGUGUGAAUGGGUCACAAAUUGUGCUGCCAUUAUCUCCUUUGUUGUGCUCAUUCUCUGCAGAUUAUAGUUUGUUUUUUUAAGUAGUAAUGAUCGAAGAGCUCUCUGCAAAACCCUAGCCAAUUACGAAUCUCUUUGGCGUUUAAUUUGAAUUCUUCGAGAAAUAGUCGGUGAAUUACAUGGGGGAGAUUUCAUCGUCGGCCAAUGGCGACCACGGAGUGGCGGUGAGGAUAAAGGACGACGAAUCCGCUUCCAGAAGCUUCGAGCGUUCCUCUGAAUUUGCCUGUCUCUCCGUUUCUUUUAUACAGAAGAUAAUUGCGGAGACUCUAGGCACAUACUUUUUGAUAUUUGCUGGAUGUUCUUCGGUGGUAGUUAACGCCAACUAUGAGAAAGUGGUGACGCUGCCGGGAAUAUCCAUCGUGUGGGGACUGGUGGUGAUGGUUAUGGUUUACUCCGUCGGCCACAUCUCCGGCGCGCAUUUUAACCCCGCCGUGACAAUCGCUUUCGCCACCUGCAAGAGGUUUCCAUGGAAACAGGUACCAGCGUAUUUAGUAGCUCAAGUAUUGGGAUCAACGCUGGCAAGCGGAACCCUGCGGCUACUGUUCAACGGUCCACACGACCACUUCGCCGGAACUCUUCCGGCCGGCAGCGACGUGCAGUCACUGGUAGUCGAAUUCAUCAUCACAUUCUACCUCAUGUUCGUCAUUUCCGGCGUCGCCACUGACAACAGAGCUAUCGGAGAACUUGCUGGUCUGGCCGUUGGAGCUACCGUUCUUCUCAAUGUGAUGUUUGCCGGGCCUAUAUCGGGGGCAUCAAUGAACCCAGCGAGGAGUCUUGGCCCAGCAAUUGUGUGGAGCAAAUACAAAGGAAUAUGGAUAUAUCUAUUAGGCCCAACAGCCGGGGCGGUUGCCGGGGCAUGGGUCUAUAAUAUUAUCAGGUUUACAGAUAAGCCUCUUCGUGAAAUUACCAAAAGCGCCUCCUUUCUCAAAGCCUCUUCCAAGAACACUUCCACCUAGCUCUACUCUCUAAGAAUAAACCAGUUUUUUUUUUUUUAUUUUUUUUAUUGUAUCCUGAUUGUUUCUGUAGUAUGUAAAAUAGUGCAUCUUAGCAACUCUGAAGUAAUUAUAUAUUAUUUUAAUUGUUCGCGAAAAAACUAUUAAUAUUGUGGCA